AUGGGUCUCUUCGACACCGCCAAGGAGAAGUUCUCCUCCAAAGUCAACGAGAAAGCCACCAAGUACUCUGGCCUCUCCGACAACGCUCUCCUCGAGAAGGACGUCAAGAAGCAGCGCCAAGUCAACCGCAGACAGGUUUCAACCGGUACAGCUGGCGCCGCCUGCAUUGGAACAUCCGGCAUCAGCGCCCCGAUCCACGGAAGUCUCGCCGCCUAUGAGAGCGGAAAGCUGGCUAAAAGUGGGUUCAAAUCAGUCAUGACGCGCGAUAUCAUUGAGAGUCGAAGCCAGGCGAGGGUUGCGCAGGGAAAACCUGCCUUGGAGCGACGACAGCCGACUUUCUUCCAGACUGUCAGUGACACCACCGGUGGUGUGAUAGAUGGUGGGCUGGGUACGGGCGCUGGGAAAGAUGCCUUGAAAGCUUUCUUGGACCGUGUGGGGAAGUGA